UGACAGUUCUCAAUGCUGAAGCAGAUAUUUAAAGCUGUGGUGCCCAGCUCAUUAUGCGCAAGGAAUUGGGAUUUGACAGGGACAUACGUAAGGUCUCCGUUUGAAGUUUUUUUCUUUCUAGUUAUUUUAUUCUUUUUACCCCUUGUAUGCUCAAUCUCAAUUUUUACCGCUCUUGGUGUAUACUCUCCUUCAUUUUUCACCUAGACAGCUUCCGGCUCGCGGUUGUGAUAAUUAAUUGACUGUUAUACUGCGGUCCUGUCGAUCACCGAGGAGCAGCUCUUUACUGUUCUUUGUAGACCCCCCGUAUAAUUGCGCAAUACUACUCUUUGCCGAUCACAUCGUCGUCCCUCGAUCUCCCCACUCGUUCCCACUUCUUAAGCUUCUCUCGAGAUGUCGGAGGACGCAGGUGCCACAGGAGCGUCCGCUGCUCAUGCGCAACAACACUAUGGCGAACCGACCGCGCUUCAUAUCUCGACCCAGCAAGAAAAGAGACAACCUACUGCUCAGGAAGAUGUAUAUCCUAUAUCGCCUAGUCGGAAUACAACGACUCCAAACCCAUUCAGCCGGAGAAACACGAGCAUGGAUAUAGAUGCUUAUUUUACCGGCCCUCGUGAUCUCUCUAAACACUCGAAAUGGCCUCUAUUCAUGCAGCUACAUGGCAGCAUUCUGCCCAAAAUGAUUGUCCCACUACUUGUCGUCGCCGCCUGGGCGAGUCUUGUGACCGUCGUCUCAAAGACGGUUCCAGGGGUUAACUUGGGAAUCAGUUCUAUCUUGCUCACUGUCACCGGUUUCGUCGUGGGUUUGGGUCUAUCUUUCCGCAGCUCGACGGCGUAUGAGCGAUAUGCCGAGGGCAGAAAAUACUGGAGCCAGUUGAUAUUCGCCUGCCAAGGCCUCGGUCGAGUCUUCUGGAUAAACGCCGUCGAACGCGAGGGAUCUUCCAAGAAGGACCUGCUAGCGAAAUUGACCGCCAUGAAUUUAAUCGUAGCCUUUGCGGUAUCCUUGAAGCACAAGCUCAGAUUCGAACCGUAUACGUACUAUGACGACCUCGUGGAGUUAGUCGAUCAUCUUGACACCUUUGCUAAAUCUGCCACGGAAGAAAAUGCGAUGAAGCCGAAGUCAGGAUUGUUCAAGGCGGUCGGAGAGAAUCUCGGUUUAUCAUUUGCAGCUUCGAACCCCCGGAAAUUAAUGAAGAAAGCCCAGACCCCCCUGGGAAAUCUUCCACUAGAGAUCCUCUGUUACCUCACGGCAUACGUAGACGAACUGGCCCUCAAUGGCCAGCUACCUAUUCCGAUGCAACAGACUACUGCCUACAACCAACUUCAAGCCUUGAACGACGUCUUAGUCGGUACCGAGCGAGUUCUCAAUACUCCCCUUCCUAUUGCUUAUGCCAUCGCUAUUUCGCAAAUCACCUGGAUUUAUGUGUUCCUCCUGCCGUUCCAAUUGUUCCUCCAACUUGACUGGAUAACGAUCCCAGCUACCGUCGCUGCGUCUUAUAUCAUCCUAGGUAUUUUCUUCAUAGGCCACGAAGUCGAGAACCCUUUCGGCAACGACGUCAACGACUUGCCUCUGGAUCUAUUCUGUCAGCAGAUCGUGCAGGAUAUGGAAACCAUUGCGGCGCGGCCCAAACCUCGCCUCUCCGAAUGGGUCGAGAACCCAAAGAAUAAGGUCUUAUAUCCUCACAGCGAAUCGGGCUACAGCGUGUGGGCGCAGCGACCCGAGUCAGCUAUUCGGAGCGCGCUACGGAACCGGCCCCACGCCGGGUUUGACAAGAUGGACGGGAGUAGUGGAACGGGAGCCCAGAGCGUAUAAGAUUGCGACGUCGGAUUACAUCUAGGUUAUGGAGAAGUUUUGGGGUUGCUAGGACUCUAUCCAUUGAUAGAACUAGCUCUUCUAAAGGUAAUCCAUUCUUUUACAUACUUCUUAAGGAUAUGCUUCGUAAAGGAAGUCCAUUAUUUUCGCGAAGCAUACCUAUAUACUUGCAUUCUUGGAGUUUUCUCCAUAACGUCUUAAUCAUGGGGGACAGGAAAAAUAGGAAGGCGUGUUGGCGGUAUUAUUUGUGUCAUUUGGGUUUUAGCGGGAAUGCGGGUUUUUUGAAAAAAUAAAAUAAAAUAAAAUAACCUUUCUUAUUCGUUAGAGGUAGAAAAAUAAGGGCAAAAGUGCGAAUUAACGAUGCUGUUAGGCAUGGAACAUUUAGGUAGUCAAAUACAUAUAUCGGUACCUACCUAUAUUUCGGAAUAUAUUGAUGUUGCAGUUUUGA